AUGAAAACGUCGUCUCGUGAUGCGUUGCCCACACUGGAGAUUUCCAGGUCGGAACUUCCUCAAACCUUGUUUGAAGAACUGCGCUCAGCAGUCAGGGGCUCGGUGUUUCGUCCUAGCGACUCUGAGUUCGCUGAACGCUCUAGGACAUUCAACGGAAAGCUCGUCUGUCUUUCCAAGGCUCUCGUCUCGCCCCUCGACGCACAGGACGUCAGUGCAGCCGUCCGCUUUUGUUCCAAGCACAGUCUAUCACCAUCAGUCAAGGCCGGGGGGUAUGCCACUGCCGGGUGGUCGAUUGCUGGCGAUGUCAUUAUAGAUCUGGGCAUGCUGCGAGAAUGCGAAAUCGAGCCUCCACUGCCAGAGGAGGAAGCACCCGAUGGCAAAGACUGGGUGAGGAUGCGGGACAUGCUCGCGCUCGGAAGCAAGGGCAAGGGCAGAGCAGAGAGGAGUGGCGCUGCAGGGUCGGUCAGAGUGCAAGCGUCCUCGGCCCUACCUGCUAGCAUGUCGAUGUCCGAGCAGCAGCCGUAUAUCCCCUCUGGGACCAAGCGACGUCGCGACAGCAGUGAAGAGCCCGUAGAGGAUGCGCUGCCUGAGCUAAAGGCUUCGCAGGAGAAACGCAACUUGCUGCGGUCCUACGAUGGCGCAUCCGAGAGCGUUGCCAGUUUUCUUCGUGGACCAGCUCUUCCGCCCGAGAAGGGCGAGGAACCGCGGAAGCCUCCUGCGAACCGACGCAGGUACCACUCCCCAGACCCCUCUGUAUCCGAGUCUUCUGCCAUGUUUGAACAGCCUCACCCGGCAGAAGAGAGGAAUCUACAGCCGCCCAGGAUGGAGGCCAGGACGGAUUCUAGCGAAAGUUCGACGUUGGGUUCGGGCUCGGGAUCCGGUUCCGGCAUUCAGUCGUCCAUUUCCCAGCAGAGCACCACCGCGACGACGCCCGAGGCCAUCCCGGAGGUCGCAGAGACAGCGGACCCGGCAGCAGCGUCGAAGCCUGCGCCACAGCCGCGGGAGGAGGACCCGUUCGCGUACUUGUCGUCCGAUCGUGCGCCCGAGCCGCGUGCGCCUAUGUUCAGUGGGGCGAACCCGUUCAGAUCGUCGACGUCGCUUGGGCCGAUUCCUCCUGCGGCGCUGGCGGCCAUGGACGGUGCGGGGGCGAUGUUUGCGGCCAUGGGGCGCGGGAUGGGGAUGAGCAGCUGGACGGCGCCGCCAUCCGCGUCGAUCGGAGCGCAGGGCGUGUGGGGAGCCGGUGUAGGGCCGACCAGCAGCAUGUAUACGGGUCAUUUCAUGGAUCCAAUGUCCGUGCCAGGGCUGCCCUUCCCUGCUGGGCUGAGCAUGGGCGCGGGUAUGGGGCCGUUCGCAGCGUCGCUGGGACAUCUUCCGGUGCCGUCGCAGAUGGCUCCCGCACAGCCGGUACACAAGCACGCGUAUGUGACGCUGGGGGCGGGGAUGCGGCAGAAGGAGGUGGACAUGUAUACUGCGGAGCACCCGUUGGAGGGGUUCAGUGGAGUGACAGGAGGGAGGGAGCCCGGGCUGGUGCCUUAUCACAUCCCCUCGUCUGCGCACCCCGUGGGCUCGUCCAUUCUCCUUCUGGCGGGGUUCGGCUUCAUCAGCCGCAUGCGCGGGCUGAGCAUUGACAAUCUCGUCGAGGUCGAGAUGGUGUUGGCAGACGGUCGGAUCGUGAUUGUGAACGAGGGCGAAGAUCCUGAUCUCUGGUGGGCUGUCCGCGGCGCAGGCCCUGCGUUCGGCAUAGCGACGCGAUACAAAGUGCGCGCAUUCCCAAUCCCGGUCGUAUUUGCCGGCAAUCUUAUCUACCGCUUCCACCGUGCGACCGCACCUUCCCUCAUCAAGCACUUCCGGGACUGCGUCAAAAGUGCCCCACGUGAGCUCUAUGCCAACGUGCUGCUCACCGCAGGCCCUGCGGACAAGGACUCGCUCGUUGUCAUCCAGAUGUGCUAUAUCGGCCCCAAGGAAAAGGGUGUGGAGUAUCUGAAUGCAAUCUCGAGCUGGGACGGCGAGCGGUGUCUGUUGAAUGAAGUCAGCGAAAAGAGCUAUCUCACACAGCAGGAUAGCGUCGCCCAGAUCCUCCGCGGCAAGGCCGGACGACAGUGGUUCAUCCGCUCGUCGCUGAUUCACUCGCUCCCGGAUGAGGUGGUGAACAAGACCGUGAUCCAGUUCGCGAGCACGCCCAUAGGCUGCACGUGGAUCUUCGAGCUGUCAGGGGGCGCCAUCGCCGAUUUUGAAGAUACCUGCCUACCAAAGGAGCAGCGCGAAGCGAUCUGGACCGUUGCUGCCCUGCACCAAUGGGAGAUGGGCAUCGAUGAUCCGCGCUGCAUCACGUCCGCCGAAGAGUGGAUCGACGGCACGAUUCGCACAGUGGCACUUGGCGGACCGUACCCCUCCUUCUUGGGCCGCCACGAGCCGCCCUGGCGCACAAAGGCGUCUUACGGGAAGAACUGGGACCGUUUGGCGGAGCUGAAACGCAAGUUCGACCCGGACUGUCUGUUCAAAAAUAAUCUCUGGCCGGUGAGCAAAACCGGAGAGCCAAUCGAAUUUAUGGAGAACGAGCCGCCCUCGCCGUGA